AUGUAUCGCAGAGAAUAUAGUAACUUUGUGCGUCCUUUAUCUGAUGAAACAACAAACAAAUUAAAUUCUCCUUCGCUAAAUGGAGACGAAGCAAUAAAGUUAUAUUUGGAAGUAGUUGGAAACCUUCAAAAUUCGCAACAAAUAAAAGAUAUUAAUAGAAAUAUUGAAACUUUACCAGUCGACCACACGCCUAAGAAAUAUUCAAAUGAUACAGAGUCAACUAAUUUGUGUUUAUUUAAUACUGUUCAGAAUAAUGACAUUGGUAGAUUAUGCAAAAUUUUAGAUAGUUGGCCAGAAAAGUUAAAUAUAAUUGAUGAAUUUGGUUGGAGUUUGCUUAUGAUAGCAUGUCAGGCAAAUUCCAUUGAAACUGCGCAAGAACUUCUUAAAAGAGGAAUUGAUACUUCUGUAAGGGAUAAAGCAGGUAACUCGGCUCAAAGUUUAGUUAUAAAAAGCAAAAAUGUUAUAUUAGCUGACAUUCUCAUGCAACAUAGUAAGCAAAGAAGUCUCAAAAAUGAAACAGUUACAAUUAAUAAACAAAGAAAUAAAAAAUUGAAGCAAAGAUAUAUAUGUGAAAUAUGUGAUAAUAAAUUAUAUGAUGAUAAGGAAGAACAUUUGUCAUCUACAAUACAUAAUAUUAAUGCUAGUAAAGGGAGAAAAGCAGCAGUAAAUUUUGUUAUCCCUGAAUCAAAUAAGGGUUUUCAACUAAUGUUAAGAUUUGGUUGGAAUAAAGAAGACGGUUUAGGUCCUAAUGGUUCUGGAAAAAAAUAUCCUAUAAAAACUGUUCAAAAAAAUGAUAAAAUUGGACUUGGUCAUAGAAAGGACAAAACUGUAGUCUUAAAAGAUGAAUCACUUCGACAAAUGAAUAGAAAUAAAAUGAAAAACAAUCAAAUGAAUGACAGACAAAGGGAAAUAAAUUUCCGGAGACAAUUUUAU